GUACUGCGUUCAACCGGUACGGCUAGCUAGUAGAAGUAACAGAUAUUAGUACAAAUAAUAAGAAUCGAAAACGGUUUAAGCACAUGUUUUCGCAUCGGUUAAGGUCACUCUUGUUCCUCUAAAGUGCUUAGUCAAAAGGUCAAAGUUCGUCGGGGAGAAAUGCACAGCCGCGCGGGCAGCUACGGCCGUUUUUAUGUGUUGUUAUAGCAACGAAUGCGUCUCGUGUUUGUUGUGGGCUGAAGUGAAUGUACAACUCUGCCGGGAGUCCGACUUAGCUAAUUAACCCGUCGCACAGUUUUAGUCGCCUGUAAAUUGUACAGCUGUCGUCGUAUUCAUGGCCCAUUACAGAGCUUCAGAAUCGAAGCGAGAACAAUUUAGAAGAUAUCUUGAAAAGUCUGGGGUCCUUGACGCCAUAACAAGCGUUUUAGUUGCACUUUAUGAAGAGACCGACAAACCUAACAAUGCACUGGAUUACAUAAAGCUUCACCUCGGGGCUUCUGCUUCAGAGCCAGAAGACGCUGAGGCUCUUCGCAUGGAGCUGGCUGACCUACAGCAGAAGCACAACCUGCUCGUGGAGGAGAACAAAGAGCUGAGAAACAAGCUGAUGCAGUUUGAACAAUCACCUGAUGACGGAGCGACAACGAUGGAGUGAGAGGAGGAGUUGUGCUGCUGCUUUCCAGAGUCAAAAGAGAAAGAAAAACACUAAACAGUUGCUCUUUUGAAGAAGAAGAAGAGGAAUGUGUAAAUGUUUGUUACAUAGUAGUGGAUGUACAGCAAACAUAAAAUCACUGUUACUCUUGUUAAAUAACAAGAAGAAACUUUUUGCCUUGUCAUAAAUAAAAAUGUUGUUUUUGACAGUC